ACUAACUUCAGGGAAAAAAAUAAUUGCAACUACAAGCACGAUCGCCUGUCACAACCGCACACCGCCACGUUCCCAACGUCGCAGCAGGCCACCGGAGAAUUCAGUAGCCACCGCACCUACCGGAGCAACACUGCACGCUGCUCUAAUCAUCCCCAGCACCACCGGAGUAGCGGCGAUCACCCACCGCCCACGUCGACGGUAACCCACACUUGGUCAGCGCCACCCAACCGCCACAGGAAGCACUACAGGAUUUUCUUGUCCUCCUAUAUGGGGUCUUCAGCAGCCCAAGCUGAUUAUGCUGCAUUUGAAGAGAAGGUGAAACGAACAGUUUAUCUUGACAACCUCUCACCAAAAGUCACUGAAUCUGUCGUGAAAAUGGCUCUCAAUCAGUUUGGGACUGUGAAAAGUGUUCAGUUUAUUCCGAACUACAUGGAACCAAGGAACAUCCCUCAGUGUGCAUUGGUGGAGAUGGAGAAUUCAAGACAGGCUGGAGCUGUUGUGUCCGAGAUUUCCCAAUUCCCAUUCAUGAUGUCUGGGAUGCCAAGGCCUGUGAGGGCACGUCCUGCAGAAGUGGAGAUGUUUGACGGUCACCCGAUAAAGCCUGGUAGAAGGAUACAGUGCCGUUGGUUGAAAGCAAGUGAUCCUGAUUUUAAGAUAGCAACAGAAAUUAAGCGACUUACAUGGAAACAUGCUGCAGAAGUUGCAUUCUUACUUAAGCAACAACUACUGGAAGAAGAGAAGCUUGCAAGGCAGCAGCAAGAUAAACUUAUAGGACAUUAUAAGAAGUAUGAGAUGGUAGAUAGUAUCAUAGCUGAUGGAACUGCUCGCCGCCUAGCACGCCGUUAUAACAUGCACAUUGCAGAAGACUGAGAGGUUCUUCAUUGAGUAAAAGCAACAGUAAUUGUACAUGGGCACUUGGAUGAGCAUGUUGCAAUGAGCUCAAAGGCCUACUCUUUUUGUCUUUUCAACUCCAAUUCGCAUAGAGAGCCGGGGUCAGUGGACAGUGGUAUACAAUUCUAAAUCCUAACUUUUGAAAAACACAUGGAACAUGCUUAUUAGACUAAUCCCUCUUACUUUUUUUGGUUAUUAUAUGAGUAUCCCUGUCUCAUUUGACUUUGAGACUAGCCGGUAUAGAUGCAUUGUAUUGCCUAUCUCAUGGUUAUCUAGAAAAAUUACUCUAAUACUUCAAAGAUUUUAGUUGUUAUGGAAUUACUCUUAUUAUGAAUUCUUGAAGAAGUGAGAUCAUAGAAUCAACUUCGUUGUUGUCCUAAAA